CCGGCGCCUCGUUGCGAGGUGGCAGCGGCUCGACCUGAGCAGGAAACGGAGGGAGGAGGAUGGAGGCAGCCGCGGAGCAGAUUGUUGUUGCUGGGGGAGAGAAAAAGAAAGAAUCAGGAAAGAAAAAAAGCAAGGAGGGAACUGGUGAUGGCGGCCGUUCAGAGCUGAGUCCUUGGCCUGAAUACAUUAGCCAGCGGCUAGAGAUGUACCAUAAGCUUAAAGCAGAACAUGAUGCACUUCUGGCAGAACGAGCUGCUAAAGAAAGCCAGCCCAUUAAGGUUACCUUACCUGAUGGUAAACAAGUUGAUGCUGAGUCCUGGAAGACAACACCAUACCAAAUUGCUUGUGGAAUCAGUCAAGGUUUGGCUGACAACACUGUUGUUUCUCGAGUGAACAAAGUGGUUUGGGAUCUAGAUCGUCCUUUGGAGGGAGAUUGUACCUUGGACCUACUAAAGUUUGAUGAUGAAGAAGCACAAGCGGUAUACUGGCAUUCAAGUGCCCACAUAAUGGGUGAAGCCAUGGAAAGAGUAUAUGGUGGCUGCUUGUGUUAUGGUCCACCAAUAGAGAAUGGAUUUUAUUAUGAUAUGUUCCUUGAAGAUGGUGGUGUCUCUAGCAAUGACUUCCCUUCUCUAGAGACAUUGUGCAAGAAAAUUAUGAAAGAGAAGCAACUUUUUGAGAGGCUGGAAGUUAAGAAGGAAACAUUACUCGAAAUGUUUAAGUACAAUAAGUUCAAGUGUCGGAUCUUGAAUGAAAAGGUCAACACUCCAACUACAACUGUGUACAGGUGUGGCCCUUUGAUCGAUCUUUGCAGGGGACCCCAUGUCAGACAUACUGGUAAAAUAAAGGCAUUAAAAAUACAUAAGAAUUCCUCUACAUACUGGGAAGGGAAGUCUGAUAUGGAAAGCUUGCAGAGGAUUUAUGGAAUUUCAUUCCCCGAUGGAAAAAUGCUAAAAGAGUGGGAGAAGUUCCAAGAGGAGGCAAAGAACAGAGAUCACAGAAAGAUUGGACGGGAUCAAGAACUAUUUUUCUUCCAUGAACUUAGUCCUGGUAGCUGUUUUUUCUUACCAAAGGGAGCUUACAUCUAUAAUACACUGAUAGAAUUCAUCAGGAGUGAAUACCGAAAGCGAGGAUUUCAGGAAGUUGUCUCCCCAAACGUCUUCAAUAGCAAGCUUUGGGUGACCUCAGGGCACUGGCAGCAUUAUAGUGACAACAUGUUUUCCUUUGAGGUGGAAAAAGAGAUCUUUGCUCUGAAGCCAAUGAACUGCCCUGGACACUGCCUUAUGUUUGAUCACCGGCCAAGAUCCUGGAGGGAGUUGCCACUGCGACUGGCUGACUUCGGAGUUCUCCACCGUAAUGAGCUUUCGGGGACACUUACAGGUCUCACCAGAGUGAGGCGUUUCCAGCAGGAUGAUGCUCACAUAUUCUGUGCUAUGGAGCAGAUUGAAGGGGAGAUAAAGAGCUGUCUGGAGUUCUUGCGUACAGUGUAUGACGUGUUUGGCUUUUCCUUCAGACUCAAUCUCUCCACUCGUCCUGAAAAGUACCUUGGAGACAUUGAAGUAUGGAAUCAAGCUGAAAAGCAACUUGAAAAUAGCCUGAAUGAAUUUGGUGAGAAGUGGGAACUGAACCCUGGGGAUGGAGCUUUCUAUGGGCCAAAGAUUGACAUUCAGAUUAAAGAUGCCAUUGGCCGGUACCAUCAGUGUGCUACAAUUCAGUUGGAUUUCCAACUUCCAAUAAGAUUUAAUCUCACAUAUGUAAGUCACGAUGGUAACGACAAGAAAAGGCCAGUAAUUAUACACCGUGCUAUCUUGGGAUCUGUGGAGAGGAUGAUUGCUAUACUGACAGAAAACUAUGGAGGCAAAUGGCCAUUUUGGUUAUCGCCUCAGCAGGUGAUGGUGGUACCAGUUGGACCAACAUGUGAUGAAUAUGCACAAAAGGUAAAGCAGCAGUUCCACGAUGCUGGCUUAAUGACUGACGUUGAUGUGGAUCCUGGCUGCACACUGAACAAGAAGAUCAGAAAUGCUCAGCUUGCACAGUACAACUUUAUUUUAGUUAUUGGUGAAAAAGAGAAGGCGAGUGGAACGGUUAAUAUCCGCACCAGGGACAACAAGGUUCAUGGUGAACGCACUGUGGCUGAAACAGUGAAGAGGCUGCUGCAGCUGAAGAAGUCACGCUGCAAAAAUGCUGAAGAAGAGUUCUAACAACCUCUUGUUCCUCCGUAUUAGGCUAGUGUUAGAACUGGAUUCCCCCCCCCCCUCAGUAAUUAGCCCUGCUGGACAAUGAUCUUUGCACUGUAUUGUAUUUAAAAUGGGUUGUGUUUUUUGUCAAAUGAACCCCAGUCCAAACUGUUUCAUAUAUUCAGAAAUUAAGUAGAAAGUCCAUUUUGUAUAAUGAGUGCAAUUGCCUUCAUUGGCACCUGAAUGCAAGCUUGUGAAGCUCUGUCAAUUAAGGUUUAAAAAAGACUAAAGAGAGAAUGGAAUGAUUAAUCAGGGAUUCAAACACCACUGUAGCAACUCUUUCAAAUAUUUUUCCUCUUUUCAUAAAAUAAAUUUUUAAGAAAAUGCUUUAAUUUUCAACAACAAAAUCCUGCAACAGAGUAUUCCUUAAAGCUUUGUCACC